AUGGUCCGGUCUCCUCGUCGCUUCUGGCCGGCCUCUUUUGGCUAUGAUACAGGCACGAUAAACGGCAUUCUGGCCAUGGAGGCUUUCCGACGAGACUUUACCACUGUGCCUCAAGGAGCCGACGGACGAUAUAUCAUCACGGCCGCCCAGUCCUCCAUCAUCGUCGCCAUCCUCAGCGCGGGCACGGCCCUCGGUGCACUGCUGUCUGCGCCGGCAGGCGACACCAUCGGCCGUCGCAUGUCCUUACUUGCAUCCGUCGGCGUCUUCUCCUUCGGCGGUAUCUUCCAAGUCUGCGCGCACAAUAUUGACAUGCUUCUUGUCGGAAGGUUCUUCGCAGGUGUGGGAGUAGGCGCCAUUUCUGUCCUCGUCCCCCUUUACCAGUCUGAAAUGGCUCCAAAAUGGAUACGUGGAACACUCGUCUGCGCCUAUCAAUUCUCCAUCACCUUGGGUUUGCUUUGGGCUUCGAGCGUGAACAUGUUAACCCAGCACAUGCAAACACCUGCCGCCUAUCGCAUACCACUGGGCAUCCAGCUUGUAUGGGCUGUCGUACUGGCUGCCGGUCUUCUCGUUCUACCCGAGACCCCACGUUAUCUGGUUAAGUCUGGCAAGCAAGAGGCGGCAGGCCUCUCGCUUAGUCGACUUCGCCGCCUCGACAUCACUCAUCCGGCCCUCCAGGACGAAUUACGCGAGAUCGUGGCCAACCACGAAUAUGAACUCACUUUGGGCCCCGACUCAUACCUCGAGCUCUUUACCGGCCACCCGCACCUCGGACGACGUACCCUGACCGGCUGCGGACUGCAGAUGCUGCAGCAACUCACUGGCAUCAACUUUAUCAUGUACUACAGCACCACCUUCUUUGACGGUGUCAAUGUCGAUGACCCCUACCUCAAGUCCCUCAUCCUUCACAUUAUCAACGUCUGCUCCACCAUCCCGGGCCUAUUGGUUAUCGAGACGUGGGGUCGCCGCAAGCUCCUCAUUGUAGGCGCUAUUGGUAUGGCCAUCUGCCAGCUGUUGAUCGCCUCUUUCUCGGCAGCGGCAGGAGCCCAUCUCCGGCAGGCUUCGCAGAUCAUCCUCAUCGUCUUCUGCGCCAUCAACAUAUUCUUCUUCGCGGCCUCCUGGGGCCCGGUGACGUGGGUUGUCACUUCCGAAAUUUACCCCCUGAAGAUCCGUGCCAAGGCCAUGUCCGUAUCCACCUUUGCCAACUGGCUGCUGAACUUUGCCAUUGCCUAUGGAACGCCGUUCAUGGUCACGGAUGAGCCUGGAUCCGACAACAUCGGGCCCAAAAUCUUCUUCCUCUGGGGCGCCUUCUGCAUCAUCGCAUUAUUAUUCGUAUGGUGCAUGGUAUACGAGACCAGCAAGGUCAGUCUCGAGCAGAUUGACGAGAUGUACGAACGCAUCGACUACGCCUGGAACAGCACGCGAUUCGAGCCCAGCUGGAGCUUUCAACAGCUGCUCACAGAGGGCUGGUCUGAUAGCGGGGUGCCGCCUCACCCCGAACACGAACUACAACAGACGUCAUCGGCGUCAACAACUCAGUCGAGCUCUAAUGCGCCAUCAGCACCAGGGACGGGGGGUUCUGGGAGCACGUCAUCGUCGACGUCAGAAAACAAAACACAACCACAGUUGGGCAACGUUGAUUUUAGUUAUUGAUCUAUACCCCAAAGCAUGAAUCGCUGUUGUCAUUAGGAUCACCUUCGUUCUUUUCUCUUUUCUCGUAUCAUACCAUAUACCGAAUAUCAGCUACCAGCGACGGAGU